GCCACAUCUCAUCUGUUCUCAUUCAGAUUACGCACCACUGGACGGUAUUUCUUUAAAGUAACCGGGGAGAGUCGUUUGCUUGUUUAUUUAGUUAUUAUUAUUAUUUAUUAUUUUUUUCUGAGCCAAAUUCAACCAAGGAAGAAAUUAUUCUGCCAUGGCAAAGGGAGAGGGAGCUGAACAAUACUCCAACGCCAGUUUGUUGAAUAAACCAGGCAGCGCGGAUGGCAUCCAGCUCGCUAAGAAGCAUGAGCAGAACAAGUUAUCAGUCUGCAGCAAGAUAUGUUAUGCCAUCGGCGGAGCUCCCUACCAGAUCACAGGAUGUGCCCUGGGCUUCUUUUUGCAGAUCUAUCUACUGGAUGUAGCCCAGCUGGAUCCCUUCUAUGCUUCCAUUAUCUUGUUUGUCGGCCGAGCUUGGGACGCUGUGACAGACCCCACUGUGGGCUUCCUGGUCUCUCGAAGCCCGUGGACGCGUUUUGGACGCAUGCUGCCCUGGAUUGUACUGUCAACCCCUCUGGCUGUGCUUUCCUAUUUCCUCAUAUGGUAUGUUCCUCCCUUUGAGAAUGGCAAAGUCGUCUGGUACCUUUUCUUCUACUGCCUCUUCCAGAGCCUUCAGACUUGCUUCCAUGUGCCAUACUCGGCCCUCACCAUGUUCAUCAGCUCAGAGCAGAAAGAGAGAGACUCUGCGACUGCCUACAGGAUGACGGUGGAGGUUUUGGGAACUGUGCUCGGUACGGCUAUCCAGGGGCAGAUCGUCGGCAUGGCGAAUGCUCCCUGCGUACCAGGGCCCGUCGAUAUCCGGGAAGACCGGAGCAACAUCUCGGUGUCUCUUGGACAUAAUGAGUCUGAACCCGUCAUCUCCCUGAAUGACACGAGAGUGGCCUACAUGAUCGCAUCGGGCGUGAUCUGCUUGAUUUACAUCAUCUGUGCCGUUGUUUUAUUCUUUGGUGUGAGAGAACAAAAAGAGUCUUCUCGUCCCAGGUCUGAGCCCAUGUCCUUCUUUCAAGGGAUUAAGCUGGUGAUGGGGUAUGGACCAUAUGCCAAACUGGUCAUGGGCUUCCUCUUUACUUCACUAGGUUUCAUGCUCCUGGAGGGAAACUUUGCCCUUUUCUGCAGCUACACACUGGGUUUCAGAAACGACUUCCAGAAUAUUCUGCUGGUCAUCAUGCUCUCUGCGACUCUGGCCAUCCCCUUCUGGCAGUGGUUUCUGACUCGUUUUGGGAAGAAGACAGCGGUUUAUGUUGGCACUUUGGCCGUGAUUCCUUUCAUGAUCCUGGUGGUGUGUCUGAAGAGUAACCUGAUUGUCACCUACAUCUGCUCCUUUGCUGCUGGCGUUGGAGUGGCUGCAGCCUUCCUGCUACCCUGGUCUAUGCUGCCCGACGUCGUCGAUGACUUCCAAGUGCAAAACCCUGACUUCACCGGCCACGAAGCUCUCUUCUAUUCCUUCUACGUCUUCUUCACCAAGUUUGCUUCUGGCGUCUCUCUCGGCAUCUCUACUCUUAGUUUAGACUUUGCAGGUUACAUCAGUCGAGGCUGCUCUCAACCUCAGGAAGUGGACUUAACAUUGAAGCUUUUGGUUUCAGCCGCGCCCAUAGCUCUAAUGCUAAUCGGCAUGUCCAUAAUGUACUCUUAUCCGAUCAACGAGAAGAAGAGACAAGCUAACCGCAAAUUCCUACAAGACCUGAGGGACAACGAGGCGGAUUCAGAAACGGACUCAGCAGAACUAGCCAACGUGGUCUAGCAGACCAGUCGGACGGACCAAUCGGGUAACAACUGGCAUUUUUGCACCAGACGGGACCAACGGAUCCGGGCCUGUCGGAUCACGUGGACACUGCCUUGUCCAGCCGUGCUGCUACCACCACCGCUGCUGCUGUUCCUGUUCCAAAAGUACUUGAUUCACUGAAGUGUCAUUGCUUCAGCCACCCUGAGGCCUUUUCUAAAGACAAAUACCCUACCAUCUGUUUUUGUGAAGGUUUCCUGACACCCUCUUCUUUUUGUUCCGUUAGAUCUAAAAAAAAAAAAAAGCCUUACUUUUUUUUAAGUACUGUAGAAAGAUCCUUUUUAAAAUGUUUUUUAAAGGUUGGUCUUUCUCUGUUGAAAUCACACAAAAACCAUGAAAUGUGUUAGGCGCAUGUUUUUGUCAGCAUUAAUGGUGCUACCUGCUCUAGCUGAGCAGUUUCCAUCCACGUACAGCCUCGAGCACUGCGCCGUAAACCGCUUCUGAGACGCGAGCGCUCGUCACGGGGGAACUUGAACAGCGACACUGCCUUAAUUUGUUCCCCCCGUUUCGGGGUUUCAGAAAAAGGUUUUUAAUGAAUUGCCAUUUUACAUUUUCUCUUUAUAGUUUUACAUUUUCUCUUCAUGGUUUUACACUUUCUCUUCAUGGUUUACAGCCAGCCUUUCAUCUUAUUCCCAUCCCACUGGCUUAUUGUGUAAGAGGUAUAAAUGAUGGGAUGUUGGAACUUGUGGCCGAACAGCAACCGCGGUGCUCUAAAGGGCUUCUAAUGGUUCUCCACCAUAAUACUGAAACACUACAAGCAUUAGAGCAGUUAGCUUGCAAACUGUGACAUCUGUUUAUCCAGCACUUGCAUUAUUUAACUCUAUUUAUAGGACAGCUACUGAAGACAGGAAAAGCCUCUUUUCUCUCUGUGCUUUAAUUUUAAGUGACUACAGGCACUUCUAAUUUAGUGAUAUCAUUAUUUAAAUAUUUAAUUAGUUUUCAUCUUUACUUUUUUUUUUUUUUUUUUCCCCAAAUUCCUGUUUUCUGGAAAGUUGUGCUUCUUGCAUUAUUUAACUCUAUUUAAGUCCUGUAAAGAUUUUGCCAACUGGUAGUUUGGGCAGAAGCCAAAUUUUAAUACAGUCACCAUCUCUGCUGUCUUUGCUUUAUAUGCAUUUAUAAAAAGGGAAGCACAUCGUUUUGGAGACGGAAAAAAAAAAAACGGAUGAUGGGAAGUGGAUUUGUUGUCGAUGGCUGUUUUUAUAUGUUUAUUUGUAUAUAUGUGUUUAUUGAACGAGCUUUGUGAUCAGUCCCCGUCAUCAUGAGGAUUGUUUCAUAUCUGUUGAUAUGGAAAUGUGUCAUAUGUUAUACAUAAUGUUACAUCUUUGAUAUUUGAUUCUGACAACUGAGUUGCCAAUGAAACAAAACUGUUUUUCAUUCAUAGUUUUUCUUUCUCUGCAUCUCUUGUAGAUAAUAAUGUACAUCCUUAAACUAACCCUGUAGUAACUGUACAUCCUGUAAAUGUCAUUUUAAUUUGUCGGUGUAAUUUCUUUUAUGGACCCGUCAGUGAUCUUCCUCGUGACUCUGAGGCUGUAGCCAAAUGUGUGAGCUUUAAUCCCCACAGGGACACAUAGACGCCUUGUGUACACGCCUCCUGUGUAUAUGUAUAAAUUGUAUGUAAAUUUGUACAUAUCUUUGUUAUAUUUGUGGCUGUAAGUGGAAUGAACUCCUGUACACUGUGCUGUAACUAUUUAAGUUAAUUACUGUGAUCUUGGAAAAAGAUGUUGAUAAAUACUAAUUCAUAAAUGCACUGUGGAAUAAAAGGUAUAAACACUUAUUUGCUUUAA